AUGGACAACUCUCUCGCUCAUUUGAUGGGUUGGACAGAAACCACCACGGGCGACAUUCCACCACCUCUUACCGGCCCGUCUGUCACCCUUUCGCCACUAUCCCACCCACCCACCAUCUUCCUUUUCGGCGGCAAGCAUGUUCAAAGCAAACGCCUCACCAGCGAGAUGUGGGCGCUGGAUCUGGGGUCGAGAGUAUGGAGCAAGCUAGACGCGGGUACUGCGCCUGGCGCGCGGUAUUUUCACUCCAUGGAGAUUUGGGAGGACAAGCUGGUAUGCUUUGGCGGAAUGUCGGACACCGAGCCCAUGUCGGUCCACGCCGACCUUUGGAUCUUUGAUUGUCAUUCCCGAAGAUGGCUUCCGCAGCCGUCACCGGCGCCUGGUGUCACUCAAGAUCCCAGCAUGCUCCCUUCCGCUCGCUAUGCCCAUCUCAGCGCAAUCAGUCGGGGCAAAAUGAUCAUCUCGGGCGGUCAGCACUCGGACAACUCGUUUCUCUUCGAGAUCAACGUGUUCGACCUUCGGCGCAGCGUCUGGACAUCCAAAACGCUCCAGCCCGAGCUGCAGGGUCUCCACUCCAAGGGCGCCUACCGGUCCGUCGCCAUCUCGUCCAAAACGAGGAUGGUGGUCCCCAUGUCCAGUGGAGAGAUCAAGGCGAGCGCGGCGCACAGCUAUGUCAUCGACGAAGACGGAGAAGGUGGAGAAAUCUGGUGCUACUCCAACUAUGACUUUGCCAAGGUCCGGCGCGAGCUCGACGUCACCGCUCCUGUCGACCUCGACACUGAAAUCAUGCCUUCACCCAAGUUCAACUCGCCUCCCGCCUUCUCCAUCCGCGACGAGUCACGGUCCAUGCGCGGUACGGCUCAGCCUCCCGGUCUCCGCUUCCCUACCGGCGGUAUCGUCGGGCAUCACCUCAUCCUCUGCGGUCUCUACCUCGCCACCACCUCCGGCGCCUUUUCCGUCUGGGCGCUCGACCUCCACACCAUGAUCUGGCGCCAUAUUGAGCCGCUCGCACUCUCUACCGGGAGCUGGAACAAGGCUAUCGUGUCGCCAGACAAUGCCAAGCUCAUCGUCUUUGGCAAUAUCCACAAUGAUCUAUCGGCGGACUACGGUCGGCGCGCCAACAAUCACGAGCACGUCGCCAUCAUCUCGCUGGAAACGUACGGGAUCUACCAGCCUCCUCGCCUCGAGAUCCCCGCCAAGAUCCAAGAGGUCGGGCUGUCGAUGCUGGACGAAAAGCUCGCCUCGGACUUUGACGUCAUCUGUGAUGAUGGGCGAAAGAUCAGGUGUUCCCGAAGGUUGCUAGCGGAGCGGUGGGCGUGGUUUGCAGAGGAAGAGCGCAAGCUGUCGGAGCUGGCGCACGGGAUCAUGGCGGAGUCUCCAGGCGUCGACAUCAACGAUACCCUCCACGGCUCGUUCGACGUUGCUCGACUCGCCCCCUCGACUUUGACCAUCCCGGAGCCCUUCUCCGUCUGCGUCGCCCUCGUCCAAUACUUUUACACCCUUUCCCUAUCGACUCCCCUCCAGAAUCGCGCCCCGGUCUUAUCCGCGCUCCUCUUCCUGGCGAAGCAGUACCGAAUCGACCGCCUCGCCAAGCUCGUCGUGCAUGCUCUGCAUGAGCGGCUGGAUCCGAACGUCGCGGUGGGGGUGUAUGAGAUUGCGACGUUGAGUGGGGAGCAGAAUCUUCAAGUCAGGGCGUUGAAUAUGGUCCAUGCUGCUCGGGCUGGAUCUGCAAAUCGGUCACACCGUCAAGGACCACCCGGAUCGGUCGUUCCAGACCCUCAAGUCGCCCCUGCCCCUCCCUCCAUACCCUCCGCCCCCACUCCUGGUGGGUCCGAGGCCACACCCACUCGGGGCUGGGUAGACGAUAGCAACUUCCGCCGCGCUCGCGCCGACUCCCUCACCCUCGUCCCGGAAGACACCCAAGUCACGGCUCUUCUCGCGGCGCUGGACGUGUCUGAGCCGGCGCGGUGCGAGAGUCCGACCGAGCGCACCAUUCCUCGCUUGCGCCAUCAUACCGCUCGUCUCACCCCUGUACACUCUCGGCCACCUCCAACUUCGGCUCUCCCCUACACACCCGACAUGUCGCGAGACUACACCCCUCCCCCAUCGACCAUGCCUCGGACCCCUCAGCGUGAGCCCGUAGUCAACCGCAGCUACGGCUCUCAGCACGCCCUGGAGACUUUGCAGGAGGACGCUACUGGCCGCAGCCAUCAGCUAUCGCCCACCACCCUCUCUUCCGCUGGUCUCUAUCCCGGUCGCGGUCCUCCCUCGGCUUAUACCCACCACGACGCUGCGAGCCACUACUCGUACUCGUCCGCAUGCCCCUCCCUCACAUCGGCGUCGACCAGCCCGUCCGUCGCCGACGUCCGCCACUUUUCCCUCCAAACACAUUCCUCUGCCUCCUCCGUCUACUCGAAUGACAAGCCGGCGUAUGCCGAACCCAAUCGCUACUCCGACUUUACGAUCGACUUCGACUCGCCCAGCUACUCGGCCCAGACCUCCACGGUGAACCUGAGUCGGACAGGCACAGCUCUCAGCUCGCACAUGAGCAUCUCGAGCGGGUCGACGGGGACGAGCAGUAAGAAGAUGGCCAAUCUGGAGAGGAAAUUGUAA